CCAAGGAACCAGGCUUAGCCCAAUCAAUAUUUUGUCAAGCUUUCCUGAAGUGAAAAAGCUCAUCAAACCACAAAAACCCUACGUCUGUUUCUUGGUCUAAAGAACUCUUCAAGGGAGAAAAAGAGAAGAAAACCCAGACAUGGCAACCAAUGGAACCAGUGAUCUCAAAAGGAAGCAAGGAAUAGUAUCAUCUCUUUGCAAGCACUUCUCUUUGGAUCCUGCUUUUUCAAGUCAAGUCCCUGGAAAUGAUAUUAAGACCCUGUACAUAAACAUUUUGAAGUCAUCAGGGAAGGAGUCACCGCAAAAUAAUGAUGAGGUGAUGAAGUGGAUAGCUUUUGCAGACAGCUUUCCCAGUGAUUCUAAGGCAUGCCAUGGUGGUUUGAAUGAAUUAAACACCGACUUGGCUAAAAAAUCUGUACUUUUGGGCAAUGGAUUUACACCCUCAGAAGCUGAUGUUAUUGUUUUUUCAGUCAUACAUAGUUCAAUGAUUGCCCUUUCAACUCCAGAGAAGGAGAAAUUGCCACAUGUGAUGCGAUGGAUGGAUUAUAUCCAGAAUAGUGAGGAUCUUGGUGCACUUUUUGAGAAGAUAUUGCUGGAGAAGCCUGUUUUUGAGCCUCAGAUAGCAAAAGCUGCAGCUAAGCCAGAAGUAACUUCAAGUGCUAAAGGGACUGUUCAAAACACAAAAAUUGCAGACAAGCCAGACACAGAAAAAAAUGCAAAGAAAAGUGAUUCCGCGGAUGCCAAGAAAAAGGCUAAGGGAGAUAAGGAAGCUGUUCCAGAGAAGAAAGCACCUGAAAAAGAAGCAUCUGAUAAAGACAAAGAACUCAGUGUCAGUUUACUGAAUAUACAGGUUGGUCUUAUACGUAAAGCAUGGAAACAUCCAUCUGCUGAUAGUUUACUGGUAGAGGAGAUAGAUGUUGGAGAGGCUAAAGUACGACAGGUUGUUAGUGGAUUGGCCAAGUAUUGCAGUCCAGAAGACUUGACGAAUCGUCGUGUUGUGCUCAUUACAAAUGUAAAACCUGGAAAGCUACGAGAUGUGAUGUCAGAGGGACUGGUGCUUUGUGCUUCUAAUGAAGAUCAUACCAAGGUAGAGCCCUUACUGCCCCCUGAAGGUGCUAAACCUGGCGAGUGCAUUUCAUUUUCGGGGAUUGAUGGAAAGCCAGAAGAUGUCCUAAAUCCAAAGAAGAAGCAGUUGGAGAAAAUAACACCGAAUCUUUUCACUGAUGAGAAGGGUGUGGCCACAUUUAAAGGUAUUCCAUUUAUGACCUCAGCAGGGCCAUGCACAUCUUCCAUUCCUAAAGCUAGCAUCAAAUGAAAGACAAAAACGAUCCGCGGAUGCACAUGUUACCUUAGUAAGGUUCCAAUUGUAGUUCUAGCAGUCUACAUUGCUUGCUGCUGGAACAAAAAAGAGCCCUUGUAAGAUGCAAUUGUUUUUUUUAUCAAAGAAUUUUGUUUCUAGUACAUUUAUUUGGAAUUUGGUGAUCCAGAAAAUUAAGCAAAAAAUAUUUUCUGAACUA